UCAUCCAUUAAACAUCAAAAGAAAAGUAAACUUGACAUUGAGGUCGAACUAUGUCGAUCUUUUCUCCGUUUGGGAGAAAAUGCAACAGAUCAGGAUAUAGAAGAUAUCCUUUUUUUUCUUGUGGACGCGUUUAACAAGAAUAAUGAUCAGCAAUUAGGAUAUGAUGAAGUGGAUUGGGACCAACUCACUGUGGACGUUCGUGAGAUACUUUGCGAUAAUAUGCCCGAUUCUGCUUCUUCGGAUUCUGAUCAACAUGUUAUCUUGAUUCUUGACAAGAAUGUUCAAAUGUUGCCAUGGGAGAGUUUACCAUGUCUGAGGGAUCAACCCGUUUCUCGAUUGCCGUCUAUUUCCUUUUUAAGAGAUCGGAUAAUGUUGGCUAGGCAUCUGCAUCGACAGAAAGAUAAAAACGCUGAUUGGUCUGAUUAUGUUGUUGAGCAAAAUAAAUGCUUUUUUGUUUUAAAUCCAAGUCAAGAUUUAAAGAAUACACAAAAUGAAUUUGAAGCAUUCGUAAAAAGUUUUAAAGGAUGGGAUGGAGUUAUUGGUCGAACUCCAUUUGAACAAGAAAUUAAAAAUGGAUUAUCUGACCACGACCUCUAUAUAUAUUUCGGUCACGGAGCUGGUGAACAAUACAUCCGUAAUUACCGUGUUCAAAGUCUGAACAGGUGUGCCGUGACCUUGUUACUGGGUUGCAGUAGCGGUCAUCUAAAAGAUAGUGGCGAGUUUGAUCCAUCGGGCACGGCAUUGAGUUACAUAAUAGCGGGCUGUCCAGCAUUAGUGGCAAACUUGUGGGAUGUUACAGAUAAAGAUAUUGAUAGGUUUAGUAAAGCCUUAUUUAACAACUGGAAUUUAAGGCCGAAUGAAGAUGGAUUCGAUGUAGAUACUAAUCAUCCGGUCAGGGGUGAAGUAUCUUUGGUUCAAGCG